AAUCAUAUCAAAUGCAAUGUAAUAGAGCCAUUGAAGAAAAUGUAAAAAAUUUUUGAUGACCUUUUUACUCAAUUAGAAUUACAUCGCAUUGAAUAUUAGAUCUCUAAUAAGUAAAGAGAAAAAAAUUUGAAUGAUUAUUAAAAAGGUUGUCUUACAUUUUUUAUUCUUUAGCCAUCUCUUUAAGUUUCAUGAAUAAAUAGGUUGAGGCAAUUUAACAAUACGAUAAUUUAUUGUUAUCAGAACCCUACAAUUUAGAAAUCAUGUACUAAAAAGGUUUUUAAUUAAUCCUAUUUCAGGAAAUUCAUUAAGUCAAACCAAUGAGUGUAAAAAAGCACAUUAAAUAUAUCUAGAUAUAAUUAAAAUCAAUCCUUAACACGAACUCUCAAAUUUGAAAUUAGGUAACUUGUAUUUAUUUUUAGGUGAUCUUUUAAGAGAUGAAAAGUAGUAUUGGGAAGCAAAAUAGUAUUAUGAUAAUUGUAUAUCAAUUAAUGAAAAUAAUUCAGCGGCAUAGUUUGGAAUAGGUUUUAUUUCAGAAAAAGGUUUUAGGAGAAUGUUUAAUAAAGUUAUGAAUUAAAGAUAAUAAUUGAGAAUAACUAAUUUAAUGAAGCUUUGGACUAUUACAAUAGAGCUAUUAAGAUAAGCGUAUCUAAUCAGGUUUAUUUAUUAUCAUAAGGUAAGUUUUAAAAUUUAAAAUAAUUAGGACAUUGUCUAAGAAAAUUAAAAAGAUAUUAGGAGGCAGUAGAUAGUUACAAUAAAGUUUUAAAUUGCAAUUCUAAAAGUACUGCGGCAUAUGCAGGAAAAGGUAGAUUUGAUUUAAUUAAUUAAAGGAGAAUGCCUAAGAUUAACAGGUGAAUAUUAGAAAGCUGUAAAAUGCUAUUAAGCAGCAUUAGAUAUUAAUCCAAGAGAAAUAGUUUCAUUGAACGGGCUUGGUAAAAGAAUUCAUUUAAUUUAAAGGGGAUUGUCUAAGACUGAAUGGCUAAUAUUAGAAUGCAGUUAAGUAUUAUGAAGCAGCAUUAGACAUUAAUCCAUAAUACAUAGAUUCUCAUUAUGGGAGAGGUAAUUAGAUUUAUUGAAACAAAGGUGAAUUGCUAAGAUUGGAUGGUAAUUAUCAAAUGGCAAUUGAACUCUAUUUAAAAAUUUUAGAUAUUGAUCCAAAACAUAUAGAUUCACUAUAUGGGAUAGGUGAUUGCCUAAGAUUGAACAACAAAUAUAAUGAUGCUGCUGAGUUUUAUCAAAAAAUAUUAGAUAUUAAUCCAAAACACAUUUAUUCAUUAUCUUCAAUUGGUAAUUGAAGUUCAUUUAAUUUAAGGUGAAUGCCUAAGAAUGACUAGCUAAUAUUAAAAGGCAGUUAAGUACUAUUAAGAAGCAGUAAAUCUUAAUCCAAAAGAUAUAUAUUCAAUAACUGCAAUAGGUAAAUUAAAUUCGAUUAAUUAUAGGAGAAUCUCUAAAAUUGAUCAAUAAUUAUUAAUUGGCAUGUUAAUACUAUUAAAAAGCAUUACAUAUUAAUCCAUAACAUACAGAUUCCCUUAAAGGGAAAGGUAUACUUUUUUUAUUGAAUAUUUAGCCUUCUGCUUAAUUCAAUUAGGAUAAUAUAGAGAGGCAAAAGAGGUCUUAGGUUUCGCAGAUUCUAUAACGCCUGAUGAUGAAGAUAUUGAAGAAUUACUAAGUAUCUUUAUCCAUCUACAUAAGGUAAGUGUCUUAAUUUCUUAAGAUAAUGA